AUGUCGAUGGGACCACCCCCACCCCCGUCACCCACGGCGAAUCGGUUUUUAUCGAAAUCGUCUUCUGGCACCAUCGAUAAACGACCACCUUCCCCUUCGCCCAUCAGCCCUACUUCGUCAAUGACCACCAAGCGACCUGUUGUAGUGCUGGGAGUAUGUUCAAUGGAUGUCAAAGCUAGAAGCAAAGCCAUGAGGGAAAUCUUGACCAGAUUGGUCGAUAUCGAAAAGGGUGGUGUGGACGUGAAGAUUUUUGGAGAUGUUGUUAUUCUUGAAGAAGAUAUAUCUCAUUGGCCACCUGUUGACGUAUUGAUAUCAUUCUUUUCAACUGAUUUUCCAUUACCAAAAGCGAUUUCCUAUACCCAAUUACCUAAUCGAACACCACCCAUAUCGAUCAAUUCGUUAUCUAUGCAAUCUUUAUUAUGGGACAGAAGACUAGUCUUAGCUAUAUUAGAUCACAUUGGAGUGCCCACACCAUCGCGAGCGGAAGUUUCGCGAGAUGGCGGACCAUUGAUUCCUCGUUCGCUGAGAAGGAAAGUAAGGAGAGAUUUGGGCUUGGUACUCCCCGGACCAAAGGCUAAAGAUGAAGAAGAAUGGGGUGAAGUCAAUCAAGUCCCAGAUAGAUGGAAAGGUAAAGCUAAAAAAGAAUUAGUUCCAAGAGGAAAAGAAGUAAUCCUCAGAUCAGACGGAGAUGCUAUUAUCAUAGAUGGUAAAAUCAUAGAAAAACCUUUUGUUGAAAAGCCCGUAGAUGGUGAAAAUCAUAAUGUAUAUAUAUACUAUAGAGGAGGUGGUGGAAGAAGACUGUUUAGAAAGGUCGGAAACAAAUCAAGUGAAUAUGAUCCCAAUCUAUAUCAUCCAAGAACCAUUGGUUCAUACAUUUAUGAGGAAUUCAUCAAUGUCGAUAAUGCGGAAGAUAUCAAAGUUUAUACGGUAGGAUCGAAAUUCUAUCACGCAGAAACUCGUAAAUCUCCCGUUGUGGAUGGUUUAGUAAGACGUAAUGCCGAUGGAAAAGAAACGAGAUUUAUAACUCCUCUGUCAGCUGAAGAAGCUCAAUAUGCAAAAGAUGUAGUGGAAGCUUUCGGUCAAAGAGUUUGUGGAUUUGAUUUACUUAGAUGUGAAGGUGGUUCAAGAAGUAUGGUGAUUGAUGUGAAUGGUUGGAGUUUCGUUAAAGGGAAUCAGGCAUACUAUGAUAAAGCCGCAGAGAUUUUAUCUGGUGUAUGUCAAGUCGCUCGAGAAAGAAAGAUCUCAACGAUCCAAUCAGGUUUACCAUCUGUUGUACCCGAUACCGAAACAGGUGGUGGAUCAACUACUUCCACUCUGAGAGCAACAGUCACCGUCUUGAGACACGCUGAUCGAACACCAAAGAUGAAGAUUAAAUUCUCCUUCCCAGCUCAUGAAGCUUGGUCACAACCCUUCCUACGACUCUUACGUGGUCAUCGAGAAGAAAUCAUCUUACGUGAUACCAGACAAUUACAAUACAUUUUAGCCGCAGCUGAAGAAGCAUCUCAAAUCCCAGGUAUAACUCCCGAAGUAUUGACCAAGUUGAGUCAGAUCCAAGAAGCUCUAGGAAAGAAAAUGUCUUUGCCAGGUACCAAAGCACAGCUGAAACCUAGUUUCGUUAAGAAAAAGGGUGAUAAAGAUAAAGAGAAGAAGGAAAAAAAGGAAAAGAAAGGAUCAGAUGAAGAAGAUGAAUUAACUGAAACUGAAGGACGUAAAAAAGUAAAUGAUUGGUUAAGAAGAGGAAGUACUUCACAUCCACUUGAUAUUCCAAAUGAAGAGGAUCAAUCGACUCUUUCAAGUAUAUCAGAAAACACCAAUACGACAAGUUCGGGACUCACGGACCAAACUCAGACACAGGCUCAAACUCAAGAGGGUGAGGUAGCGAACGAACCUCCAUUGACCGAUCAAGAUAUCCCUGAAGGAUUGGAGAAAAUGCAACUUGUGGUUAAAUGGGGUGGAGAAAGUACUCAUUCAAGUCGAUACCAAUCAAGAGAUCUUGGUGAUGCAUUCAAAAAGGAUGUCAUGAUCAUGAACAAGGAUGUUUUGAACAAUGUCAAGAUCUAUACUUCUUCCGAAAGACGGGUUAUCAACACCGCUCAAAUAUUUGCCAACGCUUUGCUUGGUCUUGAAGGAGGUUCAUCGUCCCAUUCGUCAAGUAUCGCCGGAGCUCGUAAUACAUCUGAACCAUGUCCUCAAAUCAGUCAUUUGAUCCAGAGGAGAGAUUUGCUCGAUGAUAACAAUGCAGGCAAGGAAAAGAUGACUGAGGCGAAAAAGAAGCUCAAGAUCUUACUUCGAACAGGAGAGACUGAUAAACGACCUGAUUUGGCUUGGCCUAAGUCGUUCAAAAAAGAACCAGUGGAAGUAGUAAAAGAUGUAAUUGAGCAAUUAACUGAACUCAGAUCAAUAAUGAGACGUAAUUACGAGAAUGGAAAUGUCGAUAAAAUCCCUCAACAGAGGUGGUGUUCAGGUGAUUCACCUUGGCUAUUCAGAGAAAGAUGGGAAAAGAUCUUCGAAGAUUGGGUAGGAGUAAAACAGGAGAAAUUUGAUCCUUCAAGGGUCUCAGAGCUAUAUGAUAGUAUCAAAUAUGAUAGUCUUCAUAAUCGCACCUUCUUAUUCGCAGUAUUUGAUCCGGAAGGCAAGGGACAAAACUUCAAACCUGGAGUUGAGAAUCAAGAUCGACGAUUACACGAUCUUUACGGUCGAGCAAAAGCAUUGUUCGAUCUUGUCGCUCCUCAAGAAUAUGGAUUUGACGCUGAAGCCAAAGAGGAGAUUGGAGUUUUGACAAGUCUGCCUUUAUUACGAAAAGUAUGGGAGGAUCUGGAUGAAGCCAAAACCACCGGCAAGAGUUCGGCUUGUUUCUAUUUCACUAAAGAAUCGCAUAUAACCACCUUUGUCCACCUUCUUCUCGCUUCAGGACUUCCAUUUACGAAUGUACGAAUACCCGAACUCGAUUAUUGUUCUCAUUGCACCAUAGAACUGUGGGAGAAGAGUUCAGGAAACGCUUCAACAAGAGGUCAAAAAGAUUUCUCCAUCAGAUUGAGCGUUAGUGAAGGUGCACAUAGUCCAGCUGUAUUAGAUAGCAGUGUCGAUGCUAGACAUAGUCUUACCGUUCAACCUAGAAAGAAAUUGUCUUCACAUAUAGAUUAUGAACUUGCAAGACAAUGUUUCUCUAAACAUUUCGACAAAGGUUUAUCGUUCUCCACAACUCCUUUAGAGGGAGACGAGGUAUAUCUCAAGAAACCGAUUCAAGAUGAGAGCGUCUUACCGCUAUCAUCCUUGCAUUCUCGUACCGGAGAAGAGACUCCAAGGAUGAUCAGUAGUGCAAGUAGUGAUAGGAGUCAUCCAGGUGCUUCCGAUGGUGGUUGGUAA